GCUCCCGGGCGGAGGCAGCCGGGCGGGGUAGGUUGCGCGCUCGCCGCGGGCUCGGGCCGCGGUCGCGGCUUUGCAGCAGGCAGCGCCGCGGGCGGGGAGCGGGGCGCGCGGGCCGGAGCAGGGGCCGGGCGCGCUGCGGGCUCCGCGGCCGGCCCAUGCGGGGCGGGGGCCGGUGGCAGGGCCGGGGGCCGCAGCCGGCGCCGAGGGCGGCCGACUAGGACCUGCCCGGCCGGCUGCCCCGCGCCCCGCCUCGCCCCGCAGCCCGGCCGACCGGGAGGGAUGCGCUGUGCCGCCCAGCUCCUCUCCAUCCUGCGCGUGCCCUGAAGCAGAAAGUUUGGGGGCCGGGGGUUGUCUCCCGCCUCCCUCCUGCAAUGACUGCCCAAGGACUCUUGCUGCCCAGCCUCGACUGUGACCUGCCUUCGCUCCCCAGGUCGAAAUGAACUAUUCCAAGCUGUAACCAAGGCUCACCUUCUCGCCCCUCCUUCACCGGCCUUUAAGAUUUUUUUUUUUUUUAAUUGAAGCAAUUGUGGUCUGCCAUCUCCCCUCCUUAUUAAUAAGUUAGACCCCAGGCCUCAUUUCUGAGCAGAAGAGGGGGUGCGGUCUUCCCCAAGACGGCUCGCUGGAAGGACAGAUUCCCCUUGCCGACCCACAUACAUCAUGAAGAGGUGCAAAUCGGACGAGCUGCAGCAACAACAGGGCGAGGAGGAUGGAGCUGGGCUGGAAGAUGCCGCUUCCCACCUGCCGGGCGCGGACCUCCGGCCUGGGGAGACCACGGGUGCUAACUCUGCUGGCGGGCCAACUUCGGACGCCGGCGCUACCGCGGCGCUCAACCCAGGUCCCCGAAGCAAGCCUCCUGAUUUAAAGAAAAUCCAGCAGCUGUCAGAGGGCUCCAUGUUUGGCCACGGUCUGAAGCACCUGUUCCACAGCCGCCGCCGGUCUCGGGAAAGGGAGCACCAGACAUCUCAGGAUUCCCAGCAGCAGCAGCAGCAGCAGCAGCAGCAGCAGGGCAUGUCCGACCAUGACUCCCCAGAUGAGAAGGAGCGCUCUCCGGAGAUGCACCGCGUCUCCUAUGCCAUGUCCCUGCACGAUCUGCCUGCCCGGCCCACCGCCUUCAACCGCGUGCUGCAGCAGAUCCGCUCCCGGCCCUCCAUCAAGCGGGGUGCCAGCCUGCACAGCAGCAGUGGGAGCGGUGGCAGCGGGAGCAGCAGCCGGCGCACCAAGAGUAGCUCCCUGGAGCCCCAGCGUGGCAGCCCUCACCUGCUGCGCAAGGCCCCCCAGGACAGCAGCCUGGCCGCCAUCCUGCACCAGCACCAGUGCCGUCCCCGCUCUUCCUCCACCACCGACACUGCUCUGCUGCUGGCCGACGGCAGCAACGUGUACCUGCUGGCUGAGGAGGCUGAAGGCAUCGGGGACAAGGUCGACAAGGGAGACCUGGUGGCCCUGAGCCUCCCCACCGGCCAUGGUGACACUGAUGGCCCCAUCAGCCUGGACGUGCCGGAUGGGGCACCGGACCCCCAGCGGACCAAGGCUGCCAUUGACCACCUGCACCAGAAGAUCCUGAAGAUCACCGAGCAGAUCAAGAUCGAGCAGGAGGCUCGCGACGACAAUGUGGCGGAGUACCUGAAGCUGGCCAACAAUGCAGACAAGCAGCAGGUGUCACGGAUCAAGCAGGUGUUCGAGAAGAAGAACCAGAAGUCAGCCCAGACCAUUGCCCAGCUGCACAAGAAGCUGGAGCACUACCGCCGGCGCCUGAAGGAGAUUGAGCAGAACGGGCCAUCGAGGCAGCCCAAGGACGUGCUGCGGGACAUGCAGCAAGGGCUGAAGGACGUGGGCGCCAAUGUGCGCGCGGGCAUCAGUGGCUUUGGGGGCGGCGUGGUGGAGGGUGUCAAGGGCAGCCUCUCCGGCCUCUCGCAGGCCACCCACACCGCUGUGGUGUCCAAGCCUCGGGAGUUUGCCAGCCUCAUCCGCAACAAGUUUGGCAGUGCUGACAACAUCGCCCACCUGAAGGACCCUCUGGAAGAUGGGCCCCCGGAGGAGGCAGCCCGGGUGCUGAGCGGCAGCGCCACGCUCGUGUCCAGCCCCAAGUAUGGCAGCGACGAUGAGUGCUCCAGCGCCAGCGCCAGCUCGGCUGGAGCAGGCAGCAACUCCGGGGCUGGGCCCGGCGGGGCGCUGGGGAGCCCUAAGUCCAAUGCACUGUAUGGCGCUCCUGGAAACCUGGACGCUCUGCUGGAAGAGCUACGGGAGAUCAAGGAGGGACAGUCUCACCUGGAGGACUCCAUGGAAGACCUGAAGACUCAGCUGCAGAGGGACUACACCUACAUGACACAGUGCCUGCAGGAGGAGCGCUACAGGUAUGAACGGCUGGAGGAGCAGCUCAACGACCUGACAGAGCUUCACCAGAACGAGAUGACGAACCUGAAGCAGGAGCUGGCCAGCAUGGAGGAGAAGGUGGCCUAUCAGUCUUACGAGAGGGCGCGGGACAUCCAGGAGGCCGUGGAGUCCUGCCUGACCCGGGUCACCAAGCUGGAGCUGCAGCAGCAACAGCAGCAGGUGGUGCAGCUGGAGGGCGUGGAGAAUGCCAAUGCGCGGGCGCUCCUGGGCAAGUUCAUCAACGUGAUCCUGGCGCUCAUGGCCGUGUUGCUGGUGUUCGUGUCCACCAUCGCCAACUUCAUCACGCCCCUCAUGAAGACACGCCUGCGCAUCACCAGCACCGCCCUCCUAGUCCUUGUCCUAUUCCUCCUCUGGAAACACUGGGACUCCCUCACCUACCUCCUGGAGCACGUGUUGCUGCCCAGCUGAGUGGCCAGUCACGCCGACCCCGUGCUCUCCGGCCCCCAGCUGGCCACACUUCUCCAGGAGGGACCCUUGGACUUCUCCGUGUGUCCAGUUUGGCCUCCUGCCCAAACUGUCCAUUCCAGCAGCUCCUGCCCCCUUCUCUGUACUUGCUUCUGUCUGACACUUUCUCCCUGUUGGCCUGAAGGGAGCUUAGAAUGCAGCCCUGGCUGGAGAUAGUGGGGGCACCUGUGGCCAAAUGGAGCAGAGGUGGACACCAGGACUGGAUUGUUUUGAUUAUUUAUAGUUACUCGAGGACUUCUCCCAGCUGACCCUCAGGAUACUCCAGGUCAGGAAGGCCGCUACGAAUAGGCGAGGGCUCUGCCUCAGCUUUCCUAGGGAGGAGCCCACCUUGGAGACAGCUACGGUUUCCUCUUGUGGAGAUGGUGAGGAUGAAGGCAGGAGAGUGAGGGAGGAGGCUCUGCUGGCCCCUGAUAACACAGGGAUGGGAGGGCCCCUAGCCAUUGGGCACCUCCAGGGCCAGAAAGCGGGCUCAGAACAGCUAGCGUGGAGCUCAGCCCCCGACUCCUUCUCCCUGUAGAGCUGAUUUAAGGCCGCCUUCUGGGGUUGGGCUCUGCCGGCCAGGUAGGUGUGGCUUGAGUUUUCCCUCCUGUUCUUUCUGCCAGUACUGGAUCUGCUAUGUUCAGGGAGACAGGCCCCAGGGCCCCCUGAGCCUCACCCUAAGCCCUUAGGCCUCUGGGAGUGCUGUUGGGUUCUAUUUAUUUAUUUAUUUGUUCCUACCCAUUCCCCCAUCGUCUUCCCUGCUGAGCACCGGGAGAGGUCCUGCCCCAUCCUCUCUCCGAAGCCAGGGCACUUCCAUUCCAUUUAGUCUCUGGAUAAUCCUGGCUGGGAGAAGGGGGACCGAGCCACGCAGCCCCACUCUCCCUAAGCCACCCUAUAGCCAGGAUGGGAGGCGCGUGGCCUCUCUUUUAUCCGUCUAUUUAUUUUGUAAGUGUGUAUUCGUGUGGAGGAGGUUGUUGCUCAUUUUUUUUAAGGCUCUGGAGUGUUGUGUAUGGUUUCUUUCCACAUCAAAGCCUCCCAUGGGCACUUCCAAGAAGAGAGGGGAUUUCUUGGAAAAGGAGAGAAGAAUCCCCUAGAGCAGGGAAAGCAGUGCCUGCCAGCUGUUGUGCACCUUCCUGAGAAAUAAAUAUCCUCUAAAUUUUCAAACCA